CUCCGACCACUUUAUAAGCGACGAACACAGCGAGGCAAGGCAUCAGUAACAGACAGUCUUCCUUCUAGCGAGGAUCACAAGUAAAAGCUUCAAACUCUUCCAAAAAAGCAACAAAAACACAAACACACAAAAUGUCUCUUGAACGUGCUAUUCGUGCUAAGAUUGCUGGCAAGCGCAAUCCCGAGAUGGACAAAGAAGCUCAGGAAUGGAUUGAGGCUAUUCUUGGUUCCAAAUUCCCUGCUGGUGUUGAGUAUGAGGAACAUCUCCGUGACGGUCAGGUGUUCUGCGCUCUGAUCAACAAGCUUGCCCCCAACUCCGUGCCCAAGAUCAACUCCUCCGGCGGUCAAUUCAAAAUGAUGGAAAACAUCAACAACUUCCAAAAGGCCCUGAAGGAAUACGGUGUACCCGAUUUGGAUGUCUUCCAAACUGUUGAUCUGUGGGAGAAGAAGGAUAUCGCUCAAGUGACCAACACCGUCUUCGCUCUCGGUCGUGCCGCCUACAAACAUCCCGAAUUCCAAGGACCCUUCUUGGGACCCAAACCCGCCGAUGAAUGCAAACGUGACUUCUCUGAGGAACAAUUGCGCGCUGGCCAUGGUAUCAUUGGUCUGCAAGCCGGCUCCAACAAGGGUGCCACACAAGCUGGCCAAAACAUCGGUGCCAGCCGUAAAAUCUUGCUCGGCAAGUAAACAGUAUACGCACAAAAUAUACGAAGGUGAAAGAAUUCGAGCACACUAACAACGGUUAGUCUAACUGACGCGGCUCGUUAACCAACAUAUUAAAUGACAAACAACAACUACGUUAACUUGUUGGUUUAAGCGAAAAUUUUGUACUACAUAUUUAAUUUGUAUAAUUUAUAAACUGAUUAUUUUUAUAUUAAUAAAAUUAUGAUUUUUUAUGUAAUAAGUAAACAACAAAACAAACAAAAAAAAACUACACACCAAAACACACUCAUACAAAACACACAAUUUCAAAAACCACAACAAUAAAAAGAAAAACAAUUUUGAAAAAAAUGAUAUUGAUGUAAAAGUAACAAGAAGAAGAGGUAACACUAUGGAAUGUAAAGAAAAGUGAAACGCUAAUUGUAUUUUAUACAAGAAAUAAUCUUAAGUUUAUACUUAAGCUAUUUUAUAUAUAAAAAAUAAAUUGUUGAAAAUGUAUCUCAUAAAUCACACAUUUGUAAUGAUGACAGAGCAUCGAUAAUCAGGGAAUGUUAUUGAAAUAAAGUGAAGAGCAAACGUUGCGGCAGCACUGAUCACAACAACAAACGCCGAAACGAAACUCGUGAAAAAGUGA